AUGAUGGACCGCGAGCUGGACCGCGAGCUGGACCGCGCGCUCGGCCUCGACGUGCUCGACGCCGAGAUUGAAGCGGAGUUCGAGCGUUUGAAAAGUCUCGGACAGAUCGAGUUGGCGCCCACCAAGCGGAAGGCGCCCACCAAGCGGAAGGCGCCCUUGCCGGAACUGGAGUCGAGCGUCGCGUCCAGCGCUGUCAAUCCACGACGCGUGGACGGUACGCGCGUCCAGAAACGACCGCGAAACGGGGGGAGGGUCGGAUGGGAGAGCGUCUACGGCGAGCGAGUGUCCCUCGACGGCAUCAAGGCGUGCUUCGAGCGCGACGGCGUCAUCGUGUUGCGGGACUGCUUCGACGAGCGGGAGCUCGGGGCGAUGUCGAGAGAGUGUCGGGCCGUGCUGCGCAACUACGCGAGACGGGGCGGCGACGAGUACCCGACGAGACUCCCCCGCGGAGGCAAAGGAGACCGGGCGACGCCGACCGAGAGGGCCUCGGCGUUUUCGUGGAUGUGCGAUGACUUUGGGUGCGUGUUCGAGAUCGCCGGCUGCUGCGAUUGCGCCCCACCGCCCGGUACGACGCGACCGACGGAAGGAUCGACCGGGCGGCAGGACCCGCGAUCCUUCCCCCACGUGCGUCCGUGCGAGCUAGCCCCCGCGUCGGAAGGCGUUACGGAAGGCGUUACGGGCGCGAACGACGUCGGAUGCGUCGCUCGGUGCCUCGGACGUCUCGCGACGACGGCGGAGCGCCUCAUGGUGGCUGGGGGAAGUCGAAACGACACACGGCCGGGGGAAGUCGAACCGACGUCCGAACCGUCGCGCAGUGGAUCGAACGACGGUGAAACCCCGCACAUGAACCAAAACCCGCGCGUCCACGUGCUCAACGAUCAGUACAUCGUCAAGCCCCCCGGCGCGGGCGACGGGAAAACGCGGUUCGCGUGGCACCGGGACGGCCAAUACCGCGACGACACCUGUCCGUCUUCUGCCACCUGUCCGUCGUCCGACACCUGUCCGCCACCCGUCUCCUCCUCCUACCUGUCCGCGUGGACGGCCCUGGACGACGUCGACGAAUCAAACGGAGGGUUGCGCGUGUUGCCUUACCCGCGCGGCGGCGCGGCGGUUGGGCACCGCGCGAGAUCCGCCGAGUACGAGCACUCGCCCGACGAGCUCGACGCGCUCGACGCACUGGCGGUCGGCGACGCGGCCGUGGACGGACUCGACGCGGUGGAGGCUGAGGAGGAGCGGCGUCACGCGUUUAAGGGCGCGAGGUGUGUGGCGAUGCGCGCCGGGGACGUGCUCUUCAUGUCCGCGGAGGUGCUGCACUGCUCGGGUCCCAACGGGAGCGGGAAGUUUCGGCGGGCGUGGAUGCCGCAGUUUUCGCUCGCGACGCCGGCGGGGGGGGGCGGGGACGGCGCGGUUUAG